UAGGAGGUGCAGGCGGCAAACAGAGCAAACGCGAUACCGGCCCGUCGACGACUCUCUUUAAGAUGGCUUUCUCUUCGAUCCUCUCGAUAGCCUUAGUCCUGACCCCCGGGUCGGAGGCCUUCCUGUCCGCUCGCGGAGCCAUGCCGCUCGCCUCCUCGAGGGCGGUUGCAUCACCUGCUGCCUUCCGCAGCACGUCUUUGGCACCGCGACAGCAGUGCAACACCAAGAGCUCCAAGAUGUCAACUGCCGCAGCUCCCAAAGUUGCCGGUGGUAGCACAGCAGCGCCAGUCCCAGCUGCGGCAAGUGCUCCCUCGGUAAAGCCUCCCCCGCAGAUGUACCAGAACGCUGUCGACAUUGGGCAGAAGAAAGCGUCGGGGUCAGUAGCGAAACUGUUCCUCAUGGGCAUAAUUUCGGGCUGCCACAUUGGCUUUGGCGCGUUGCUGGCAGUGUCAAUCGGAGGAAACUGCCCAGGACUUCUAGCUACGAACCCGGGACUGCAGAAGAUUAUUUUCGGGGCAUUUGGUCUGCCGUUUGGGCUUUUCAUGACUGUCGUUGGAGGUGGCGAGUUGUUCACGGGCAACACUGCCGUGGUGACUGCGGCCGUUAUCGAGGGCAAGGCUUCCAUCGGCGGUUUGCUGAAGAAUUGGGUUUGCUCCUACCUCGGCAACUUCGUCGGGUCGCUCUUGCUCGUGUUUUUGGCUGUACAAGGUGGGGUAGUUGUCAACCCGGGAUCUGCGAUGGGUAUUGCUACGGCCAAGACGUCUCUCACCUUUGUGCAGGCGUUCGCUAGGGGGAUACUGUGCAACUGGCUCGUCUGCAUGGCUGUGUGGAUGUCGGUCAGCGCCAGCGAUGCUGCCGGGAAGUUCUUCGCCAUUUUCCUACCGAUCUCGGCGUUUGUCGCUUUGGGACUUGACCACAGCGUUGCCAACAUGUUCUUGAUCCCUCUCGGGAUGGCGCUCGGUGCUGGUGUAACUUGGUCGCAGUUCCUUUUGGCCAACUUGCUCCCGGUGACCUUGGGAAACAUCGUCGGAGGCGCUGUUGCCGUGUGCGGGCUGUACUCGGGUGCUUUCGGGUCGCUUUUUGGCAAGAAGUAAAAAUCUUGGUUUUAUUCUCCCUGCUGCCAAUUCGUUGGCGACAAGACACACUUGCAAGGACGACAUGAUGAUUCCCAGUCUCGGGGCGAUAUGUCAGCGUGAAAGAUGUUAUUUAGUACCGACACUCGAGAUGUCAAUUAUUGUACCGUCACCACCUUCCUCGGUCAGCACGCUGGAUUCGGUAUUUUACGACGUGCGAAAAACACUUGUCGGCACCGUUUACUACCUUGCCGUUGCUCGCGAAGCGACAUGAAGGAUGUCUGUUGGGUGAGGAUUUUUCGAGCGUGCUUCAAGUGGUUGGUUUGCGGUAGCGGCGAGGUAUGCGCAAAAUUGAGCACUGGCCGCAGCUCAGGUUCCGAGUAUUACCUGGUCAUGAUGCAUGGAACGUCCACCGCUACAACCGCGUCCAAUGUUUCUUCCCAGCGUGGCAGUUCGCUUAUAUAAUUAGCUCCUUCACAACUAGGAUAGGAUAGGGCUGCUCUCAUCUCGCGAGCGCUUCUAACUCGUCUUUGUUUAUAUCUUCUCGGACGUUCCUGUAAGUAUGUUAUGAAUGCGGGUGUGCUUUGUGAUUGUCUUUGUGCUUCAGAUGUCUCCCAAAUGGAUUUUCCAUCGUCCGCCUUUCGUACGUUGUGCGUGCGCCGUGGCAUUUGCUUUUCCCGCUCCUGUUGGCAGCAUUUGCGCCGCUUUCAGAGGUGGUGUCUCCUGGCUCCAGGCUUCUUUGCUCCAAUUUUAGUUAAUUUUUCCGUUGUUCAUGGCGGCCAGCCUGACUGUCUGCGAUUCUUGGUUGUUGGCGGUCGAGAAUGUUGACGCGUUAAAAGGUGCCGGCCGGCACGACCGUAGACCAUGCGCACACGUGAAAAAAUUAGACCCACACCAGUGAGGGAACAGACCCAUGAUGAGUGACACACAAGAAUUUCGCGCUUUGAGUUUCUCGCUGGCGUGCUCCUCAAGUUGUGCUGUGGACUGCUUGCCGACCACCUUUCCUGUUCUGACGUUGCGGUAAUGCUUCGACCGUAUCACUUGCGUGACCUUGGGUACACUCUCCACCACACCACACAAACAGCAUAUGUGUUCUUAGGACCGCACGAAAACCCCUCAAAUGCUUCAGAGCUUCAAGGAGGGCCCAUCAACUGCCGAUGAGGACGACGAACCAGUAGCCUGUGCCGCGCUCGCAGUGGGAGGUCGGCGUAGUCGGACUCUCCGGCGGAGGUGUGGCGGUGAUUGGCGUUUUGUGCCCGACCGAACGCUGUAGUCACCAGUGGCUACGGUGCUUUCAAGCCUCCAUUUUCAUGACAAAAUAUCGUGUUAAAUUAUCCUGCGGCUACGUGGUGCUGCUCAACACAAUUUCUUUACAACGCUACCUUUUGCCACCUACUCAGCCAGGCUACAACAUCGGGCAACACACAACAUAAGAGCCCACCAAGCUCUCCUACACCGUUACUUGUGUUCUCGUUCUCUUGCUUUGGAUCCGAUCUAUGUUAUGUUACGUUGUGGCGACACACCAACAGCCGACACGCGUUUGGUCUCCCUUUUUUCUCCGUAAGACUUAGGUAGCUAGGGUACGCACGUGCCCUCUUCUACGAAUCAUCUCACAAAGCAAUCCUCAUUUGUACACACAAAACGGAUACAUAUCGUACGGUAUAGACUAUACACGCCAACCCUACCCGUCUGCAAGCCAGGCGAGGUAUUACUACUCGCGCAAACUAUUGUUUUUAGGGUGCGUCCAUUCACGACUCUCCACACUGAAUGAGGCACCCGACUGGUGCGCCCCUCUCUACAAAUGUAAUGUAAAUAAUAACCGUACGGCGGAGCCCCUCCCGAUAGAACUGGCGUGGCCUUCUCGUGUUGCUUGCAGGACUCAUGGGGAGUUCUUGUGCUGCUCUACAAGCGGGGGAAAAACCAAAGAAUCAAGCCUACCUCUGGCCAUCUCUGAAUGUCAAAAUUCGUCACAAUCUAACGGUGGCUGCCUCAGAAACGGGGCAAACCCUCACUUAUUUUCAUACCACCCUCCACCCGAACACCCCCCGAACCGACCACACUAAGUGACUCAUCUUAAGCGCGCAUCCCAGUAUAACAAACCUACAAGAAAGAAAAAAAACGCGACGGAACUGCACAAAGCAACCCACGGUUGCCAACAAAACUCACCACCCGCCGAUCGGCGAGGCUGACCAGCACGAACUACAACCUCAAAUCUAGAUUUCUUUCGCAAGUCGGUGGCUUCAGGCGCGUCAAACAGACGUCUGCCUUCCGCCUUUGUCCUACGCUAUGCUCCCAGCCGUGUACAAGCAUUCGGAGCACCCAUUGGCAAAGGGAUGCUGGCCAUCCACUUUCCCUGCUAUUCCUACACACUGACUGACCCUGUGUCUUUAGCCUACAUGUCUCUCUCCCUUCUCCGUCAUCGCCCCC